AUGGCCCGAAUCAAACCCCAACUCUUCUGGCAAGGCCGAAAGAAACUAGGUCUCAACGCUGCCAAACUUCUUCCCGUCUGUCGAACCCUAGAAUCAACCGCCAACGAGCUCCGUUGGAUCAAGCAGCACGUCUCUGAAACACCCUCCAUCAUCCCGUUUGGUGCCCGAGUAUGGAAGCUCUGUGACAGGCGAGGCAAGGGGUUGCCUCUAGCAUACGUGCUAGGGAACCAACCCUUUGGUGAUCUCGAGAUCAAGUGUCAAUCUGGGGUGUUGAUUCCUCGAGUCCUAUACCAUCCACCUCUCCAACAUCCUUCGCCGCUCAGCUAUUUCCUCGCCAUCAAACCCAGACCACCAACCCCAACAACCCCUAAACAUAAUCGACCUCUGCACCGGAACCGGUUGCGUCCCGCUCCUCCUCUACUCCCAACUCUCCCGCACUCUCCCUUUCAGUCAUUAAACGUGGUAGGAGUCGACAUCUCCCAAAAAGCCAUCAACCUCUCCCGGCAAAACCUGCAACACAAUCUCCGUUUGCACCGCUUCCCUCCUCCCUCUAACCUUCACAAGACCAAGUCCGAUUCAGGUCCACAAAGAUCAAUCAACUUCCUCAAAGCCGACAUCUUCUCCCCCUCAGCUUUAGACCCCAUCCUCUCCAUCCCUUUAUUAUCAUCAUCAUCAUCAUCAUCAUCAUCAUCAUCCACCUCCUCUACAUAUGAUACAGGUUACACAGGCGAUGAAUGGGACAUCCUAACCUCCAACCCCCCUUACAUCUCCCCCUCCGGUUUUCUUGUCAGCACCUCCCGGAGUGUGCGCAACUGGGAACCAAAACUCGCUUUGGUACCACCUGUUGAGCGGGUGGAUCUGCAUCAGAAGCAUUUCUACGAUCAUUACUACCCCGAUAACGAGAACUUACUUCCUCCCUCGAAAAAGGGAAAGGGGGUGGUAGAGUACGAAGAGGAAGACGUAUUUUAUGCCCGCUUGCUGGAGAUUGCGAGGACUUAUAGGCCGAGAAGGGUGUUGAUGGAGGUGGGCGAUAUGGAGCAGGCUAAGAGAGUGGUGGGGAUGGUUUUGGGAGACACAAGGUUGAGGGGGCUUUAUUUUGGAGAUGGGGAUGGAAAAGAAAAAGGGGCGGUGCAGAUAUGGAGAGAUGAUUUGGUUGGGUUUGAGGGGUAUGAAGAGGUUUUGGAGGUUGGGAAAGAAAAGAUUGUGGUGAAGGGCCAUCCGGAGGGACAUGGGAGGAGUGUGUAUCUGAGAAGGGUUGGCGUGGUUGAUGCUUGA